CACACCAUCCCCUAACCUCACCACAUUAUAUGCAGUGAUAACAAGUGAAAUACAACUCCAGAUUGAUAUAAAAAAGUGUAUUUGAUAUCUGAACUACAAAAUAGAAACACAAAUAUAAUUAGGAAUUUUUUUAUGUUAAUGACAUUUAAUCGGACAUAGAGGGAGUGUUUCCAGCAACUGUGGUUAUAAUUGCGAGAUGUUAUAGUUGACAAUCACUAGUCUACUGCUGCUGAUAUCUUACACUUGAGGCAUUAGAGGCCUGAGUCGUCGAGGAAGUAGAGAAGUACCAAGACGAGGUGGAUGGGCCUCUAGUGGAGUCCGGGUAAAGCGAACUGGCCGGAUAGAGGAGUGUGCGGAAGGAUGGACGGUCUCCGAGGAUCGGGGACGUUCAUCGCCUGUAUCAUCCCCGCCUGCUGCCUUGCUGUUGUCCUCUCUGUUGCAGUGGUUGGUGGGAGUGAGACGACCCACGCCACCCAGACGGACCAGGCGAACCCCAGAGAGCUACAGAACGUGAUCCACAACCUGAAGCAGGAGCCUGGAACCGGCACCAGCGAAGGGUCGCUCAACGAGAACAACGAUGAGAGGGAACGAGAGGGACCCAGUUUCCUGGAGCCCCCCACCAGGCACGUCACAGUCAGGGCCGGCCAGACCGCAGCCCUCACCUGCAUAGUCAAGCAUUUGGCCAACAGGCAGGUGUCGUGGAUCAGGGGUCGCGACCUACACGUGCUCAGCUCAGGUCAGGUGACCUUCUCAUCAGACUCGCGGGUCAGCGUCACUCACCUGAAGGACUCGUGGACCCUGACCAUCAGAUACUCUCAGCCCCGAGACGCCGGGAGCUACUCCUGCCAGGUCAACACCCAGCCCCCCCUCGCCUCCUGGUACAACCUCACCGUCGUAGAGGCUCGGGCCAACAUCUUGGGGAAGGAGACGAUGUACGUCCAGAUGGGCAGCACCGUCAGUCUUGAGUGUGUCAUCAAGGAGGAGCUGGUCAUCCCUGGACUGGUGCUGUGGUACCAGGGCGACAGACUGGUGGACCGGGACUCCGGGAGGGUGAAGGUGGUCACCAUUGUGGGUAACGUGACCACCAGUACACUGACGGUGGCCGGGGCCACGCGCCAUGACUCAGGCAACUAUUCCUGCUGGCCUUCUGCAGGCCGCCCUGACAACGUCAUCGUCCACGUCAUACAAGGUGACCCGCCAGCUGCCAUGCAACAUGGCAACUCAGCCACCUGGGUCUCCACCGUCCUGCUGGUGCCCGUUGCCUCCCUGCUGACACUGCUCCUGCUCCUCCUGACGUGACAGUGAUCUGCUCCUCGCCCUGCUGACGGGACGCUCAUCUACCUGACCUUCCAGCCUCUCCACUUUCAUCUCCAUUUGCUGCCUCAAGUCGCCUCUACCACCGUCUUGCUCCUGGAUCUCAAAGACGUGUGUAGAGCGGCAGAAGUGUACCCAAGGCGUGUGUAGAGCGGCAGAAGUGUACCCAAGGCGUGUGUAGAGCGGCAGAAGUGUACCCAAGGCGUGUGUAGAGCGGCAGAAGUGUACCCAAGGCGUGUGUAGAGCGGCAGAAGUGUACCCAAGAUGUCUCUCUCUCCUCCUGGUGUAAACUAUAUCUUCUCAGCUCAACCCUAAGUUUAACAAGGACACAGGAGGUCACCAACAAACACAAUUACCAUUACCCCCCGACACAGACCAAAAACUGGUGACUGAUUCGUUAGUGUCAUGAAAUAACAUUAAGCGAUCAUCCUCAACAUAUUUACGUCAAAACUCUAUGAGUAAUGAGUUAUUCCCUCCUGUAUGUCGGAGCAAAUCAAGGGACAAUAGAAAUAUUCAACAUAGAACACGAGGGAAAAACAGGCUGGGAAAACACGUGCAGUGGGGUAUGGUGUUUUAUCUGCGUUGCGUGUGACAUGACAUAUGCAAUAUGUGUGGAAUGACACCUGCACCGUGUUUAACGGCGUCAUGGACCUCACUGUCAAAUUACAGGUGUUUGAGUCAAAUUCAAAGCUACGUAAUAUCGACCCCUUCCUUGGACUAAUGGGUUGUAAUAGGUCAGCUGGGUUUUACUAGGUUAGGGAAAUACCGCUACAAAUCUGACGCUCGUCAAACUGUGGGAACAAUGAGCACUGAUGUUACCUAAAAAAAAACACCUACCUGCGAAAUGUUUCAUACAAUCAACAGAUGUUUUUGCACCGUCAGCAGCUGCAGAGCAACUGACGUAUGUUGAAGAUCAGCUCUAUAGUCUUGACCGCUGACGAAUGUGAUUUCUCAAAAUAUUUAAUGAACCCUACUUUGUAUGUUAAAUAUAUUCUCCUUUACGUCAGGAUAUAUAUAUAUAUACAACACGUAAAAUAUAUGUAAAUCUAACAAAUGAUGAUUCCUGCAAGGGGCCUGAUAGCUGAGCGGACAGCGCUCGCGAUUCGUAGUCCUGAGGUUCCGGGUUCAAUCCCCGAUGGAGACAGAAACAAAUGGCCAGAGUUCCGUUCACCCCUGAUGCAUCUGUUCAUCUAGCAGUAAAUAGGUACCUGGGAGUUAGACAGCUGCUACGAACUACUUCCUAGGGGUGAGUAACAAAAAAUAGGCGGGGAAUUAAUCCGUAAUUAAAAUUACGCGGGGAAGCUAAUCCCCGAAAUCAUCUCAAGAUAACCUCAAGAUUACAUAUUUCAACCAUUCAUAAAAUAUCACUCAGACAUUUCGGUAUAAAAAAAUCUUAGAAACCACUUGAAUUGUUUUUAAAACUCAGUUCAAGGAAAAUAUACACGUGCUAAGACAGAGUCAAGAGUGUUAUCGUGCACUAAUACAAUCUUUGUCUUGCCAAAUUACACGUGACAAAACUGUCAGAGAAAGAAAAAAAAGAGAUAUUGUUCACAGACAAAUAACAGUUUGAAGACAAGAAAUGAGAACAUUGCUUUCUGCACUGAUUGUUAUCAUACUCUGGCGAAUGUCGACAUGUCAGACUGUCUACAUAAGUGACAUUCAACACUUUUCUUACACUUUGAUACACUUUCCAAUGCAGUUUUAUAAAAGCCUAUAUAUAUA